AAAUUUGUACGCUGAAUUAAAAGUUCUCCGUUUGAUUAACAUUGGACGUUCGUUUGGCAAAGAUUCUGGAAGCAACAAGUUCGGGAGGAGGAUCAAACUCGAUGAAAUUUGGAACAAGCGGAAGAUUGAAAGAUUUCGAUCUCUCGGCUCUUCGAAUUAAAUAUUCGUGCGACUGCUGACUCGCAAGCUGGCAAUCAGCUGACGAGAGGGAGGGGCGAGGGACAGUUGUUCGCGCAGAGACUGACGGAAUAUCGUGAAAGAAUCGACCAUCAGCUUGCACUGCACGGAUCCAAGGAAACAGGCGAGGGUGUUUCGGGCCCCUUUGAUAUCGUGGUCUUUGUCGCAACGCUGGUUGACUGUCAACAUCGGAACGUCGAACGCAGCUGACCAAGCAGCCCCGCAACUGUUGACAUCCGUUCCAAUCGCCAAAUUCCGACCUGUCGCGCUAAAAUAUUCAUUCGUUCGCCUCCACUUUUAUCGCGCUGCCGACAACAGAGUCGCGCGUCUUUCUAAAAAGCUGGCACGCGUCGCGACCAGAUGGAACGAUCGGAAAAUUCCUGAGGGUUGGAAAGCAGCGCUCGGUGGAUCGUUUCGUUAUCAUGUUGCGCGAUAGCAGUAUGCUGAAACGGCUGACUGUGAGUCCGACGCAACUGGAACUCACGACGCGUGGAAACGAGACGACCGCCCGCGAGGGAAUCCUCGAGAUGUCCCGACGUUUCCAUGAUUGAUUCGUCGCAAGAUCGAUUCCACGGUUUCGCUCCUUCUUUCCGGAUCUGUUUAUUUAUUUCGAUAAUUAUAUUCGAGCUUGGCUGCAACGCCCUCGAGUUUUGCUCGUCGUGCGAUGCUUCCCUUUUUCGCUUCUGCGAUUUCGCCAAUUAUUCGGUCAAUCGGUGGGUCGAAAGGGCGCAGCGAGUGGACAGAGCUACGAACAGAGAAGUGUGAUCGAACGGCGGAAACGUGAAAGCUCGAUUGUUCCGCUGGGGAGGGUGAGGUCUCGCUUCGCCGGAAACCAAUGCCGCUCGGAUCUCACGAAUGAUAGUUGGCGGUCGUUCGAACGGAAACACUAACCUCCGGAGUGGCACAUUGUUCGUAUUCACUUCUCAACGACCGAAAAUUCUCGAUCGGGACGGGAUCAAAUUUUUUUUGUUUGAAUUCUCCACGACUCUCGGCGACUUGGAUUCCUGCGCCAUUGAAUCCAUCAUCAUGAAUAUCUCACGGUACGACGAAAAUGAACUAAGAGAGAAUAUUUGGCCACCUAUGUUCAACGAUACAUCAACGUUCCUGUCUUACGCAAACGACUCAAUGUACAAUGAUUUUGAAGACAAAUACGAGGUCCCAAUCGCCGUACUUGUGCUCCUCAGCAUAGCGUAUGGAACGAUAUCAUUUUUAGCGGUAGUGGGAAAUUCUCUCGUCAUGUGGAUAAUAGCUACAUCGAGGCGCAUGCAGAACGUGACAAACUUUUUCAUAGCGAACCUGGCACUGGCGGACAUUGUCAUCGGUUUAUUCGCCAUUCCGUUUCAGUUUCAAGCAGCCCUGCUGCAAAGAUGGAUUCUGCCUCAUUUUAUGUGCGCGUUUUGCCCCUUCGUGCAAGUACUUUCUGUCAAUGUCUCAGUUUUUACAUUAACGGCAAUCGCGAUCGAUCGACAUCGGGCGAUCUUAAAGCCCCUCCGCGCGAGGCCAAGCAAAUUGACCGCCAAAUUUAUAAUCGCUGGAAUUUGGUUUCUCGCUGGAAGUUUAGCCACACCAGUGGCAAUCGCGCGAAGGGUCAUUAUGGUACAGGAUGGUACUAACGGUCACUUCAAACCGUUCUGUAUACAUGUGAACCUGUCUGACAGAUCAAUGUUCAUUUACUCGGGAUUACUGGUAUUUUUGCAAUAUCUCACGCCUCUCUCGAUCAUUUCCUGCGUGUAUGCAAGAAUGGCGUUGAAACUCUGGGGGAAUAAGGCUCCGGGGAAUGCCGAAGAUUCUCGAGACGCGAAUUUAAUGAAGAACAAAAUGCGGGUAAUCAAAAUGUUAAUAAUCGUCGUAGCACUUUUCGCGAUUUGUUGGCUACCGCUUCAACUGUACAACGUUUUCCAAUAUUUUUAUUCGGAAAUCAACGAAUACAGAUAUAUCCAUUACAUAUGGUUUUUCUUCGACUGGUUGGCCAUGUCAAAUAGUUGUUACAAUCCAUUUAUUUAUGGGAUAUAUAACGAAAAAUUUAGAAGGGAGUUUCAACAGAAAUGUCCUUUUAAAUCGCGGAAAUGGUCAGCUAAUCCAACAAUUGAUACCAUGGACAUGGAUAAAACGCAAAGCACACGAGCUUCCAUAAGAUAUGAAUGGAAGCGUACGAUAUCUGGUACUUAUCCAACCGUGUCGUCCUUUUACAAAGGUAUAUCAGCAAGAGAAUCGACUCAAUCGUUUAUCGAUGAUCACCAAAAGAAUGUACGAAACAAAAGAGGGAUUACCUACUAUUUUCGCGGUGGGAAUCAUUGUUCGAGCAGAAACGAAGAAUUGUACGUUUUUUCACCCGGAAGGCAUAAACACAGUCAAGGCCUCGACACGAAGGAAUUAUGUUUAUAAUACGCAGAAUUUAAACCACAUACUUAUCGGUUAAUUUGAAUAGCAUUAGCGAGACGAAAUCUACUUUGUUUGAAAUGCAAAAUUUGCACGAUCCGUUUCGCGUAUGUGAUAUGCAAAGAGGUAAAAAGCAGUAAGUUUAAUUAGGGUAAUAAUAGUUUUCUCUAUAAAAAACGAUGGUGGUACGAGAUAAAUAUUUUCCACAAAUUUUACAAUAAUUUCUGAACAUCAAAACGUGUCUAAUUAAUCGCGUUUCCUUUUCAGUUCUUCUAAGCGUUGCUCAAGCUUUUCUACGAUUUAAAGGUGGUGAACACUUGUCUAGCAUUUAUUAGAUUCAUAAUAUGUAUACAUGUGCGUACACGAAUACCCUUGCACCCUUUCAAUUUCUUUGCAUUUAACGCAUAACAGUUCCUCAAUGAACUACUAUUUCAUAAAACGAUUCUCGAAAAAUUCUAAGAACGACAGGAAUGCUUAGUUGUAAAGAAGAUGCAACGAUGAAUAUUUUUGAACUAAUUAGAUUAAUCGAAAGAAA